CUCAGAAUGCUCAGGGCACCGUCACUACCCCCACUGCCAUGGCUUCCAGUCAGAGGAGCCAAUCCAGUGAGUGCUCUAUCAGGCAAGAUCCAGAGGGUUCAUGCACCUCACGAGACAUGAGCAUCACUCAGAUCCUGCGCAGUGUGUUCCUAGAUGACAGGUUGGACAAUUUGGUGCGAUAUCUGCUCCACAAGUAUCAAAAGAAAGAGCAGGUCACCAGGGAAGAAAUGCUGCACACUGUGGAACAGGAUUAUCGGGAGCAUUUUCCUCUGAUUUUCAGGGAACUCUGUGACUGCAUUUGUCCAGGCAUUGGUAUUGAAUUGAAGGAAGUGGAUCCCCCUGGCCAUACAUAUGUCCUUGUUCCCAUCUUGGGACUCACUUAUCAUGGCAUAGUGGAUGAUGAUGGUCAGAUCAUUCCCAAAAUCGACCUCCUGAUAUUCAUCCUGAGUGUCAUCUUCAUAAAGGGCAACCGCGUCAGUGAGGAGGACCUAAGGGAGCUACUGAGAAGAAGGAAGACAUUAGCUAAGAGGGAGCACACUGUUCCUGGGGAUCCCUGGAAAUUCAUCACUGAGGAUUUGGUCCAGGCACAGUACUUGGAGUAUCGGCAGAUUCCUCACAGUGAUCCUGCUCGCUAUGAGUUCCUGUGGGGACCAAAGGCUCAUGCUGAAACCACCCAGAUGAAAGUCCUGGAGCAUGUGGCCCAGCUUGAAAAGGCAUCUCCGAGGUCUUACCCAUACCUAUACAUGGAUGCUUUGAAGAAGGAACAAGGUAUAAUUGGGGUCACUGAGGGACAAGAAGCAUGACAGGGACAAGGAGUAUUCCACAACCAAGCCAGUGCCUUAAUCCCUACUCCAAGGGAAAUGAAGCCCAUUCUCAGUCUUUGUGGAGAGCGGUCAGCUUUGUAAGCAGUGAAGGGACAAGGGUGGGGGCAACAUACUGUGCAUGCAAUCUUCAUGUCUCUUCUAUUUGGGCUCUGAGGAAAUGGACCUGUGUGUUCUUUAUGACCUUUUUAAAUUUUGUUUCUUUUUUGUGAGGUUGGAAUAACUUGCAAAUCUUUAUUUGAAGUAUAGUAUUGAUAUCACCUAUAUUUUUAGUUCUCUGAUACUGACAUUUGAUUAUGCUUUCUAAGAGAAGGUGAUUUUGUGUGAUAUUGAUCACAUGUAGAUUUUGUUUUAUUACUCCAAUUGUAGGAGUUCUUCCUGUUUUAUGAAAAAACAGGAAAGCUUUUCAUUUGAUUUAUGAUAACAUAAGGUUGGAUUAGGAAUUUCUUUGGAAAUAUGAAAGAUUUUUCACAACAGGUUAGAUGGAGUCCAAAAAGAGACAUAAGCAUACAAAUCAAUACGAGGCUUCCUAUGUCUUUUCCCAUGUUGAUCUAUAAUAUUAAAGUA